CACUUCCGCGCGGAUGACGCUACGGUGUACCCGCCGGCGCCGCACCCGCCGCAGCCGGCGGCCGUCGCCUGGUGGCGCCGCGGCAGCACUGAUCUCGCCGUUGUUGGCGGCCGGCAGGGCGAGAUUGAGUUUGUCGACCUGUCGAGCGGGGAGCGUGUCGGCGGCACGUACGUGCGUCACGGCAUCGCGCGCCUCGACGUGCUGCACGAGGAGGUGGAGGGCCGCGUGUACCUGCUGAUCUCGAGCGGCGUCGGCGAACAGUGGCGCCUGCUGCUGGAGCACCGCGCCGCCGGCUACGUGGUGCCGCUGGACGCGCUGCAGUCGGCGCCGACCGCCGCCGACCUGCACGAGACGGCCAGCGAGCUGGUGCGCGCCAAGCUGAACACGCUGCGCCAGCUGUCGCGCGAGAAGCUGGGCUCGCUGCAGCAGCGCUGGGCCGACUCGCGCCUCUUCCGGCGCUCGGUGCAGCGCGACGAGACGGGCCCGGAGAGCCUGACCGGCCUGCUGGGCGAGACGCGCGUGCGGCUGCAGGCCAUGCGCGCCGGCGACGUGCUGGCCGGAUACUACGGGCCGACGAGCACGCUCUCGGUGCACCUGGCUGACCUGGAGGCCGUACCGCUCUCCAUUCACAAGCUGCCGCCGUCCGUCGGCCACCUGCUGGUCACCGACGCCGUCGUGUUCAUCACCGACGCCGAGACGACGCGACUCUUUCUCGUGUCGUACAGCUUUUCGCAGAGCGACAUGGACCUGCGCCGUUUCAACGAGGACGCCGUGCUGUCCGUGUUCGACUUGGAGCCGGCCGACGGCCUGCUGGCGCUGCUGCCCACGGCGGAGCACGCGCCGCCGCCGCCGGCGCGCCUGCGCCCGCACCUGGCCGGCCUGCCUCAGUCGGCGAUGCGUGGCUGUCUGGUGGUGACGCGCCGCGGCGUGGCCGUCUGCGAGCCGCUGACGAGUCCCGAGGCGGCGCUGCUGCAGAUCGGCACCUCGGCCGGCGCCGGCACGCAUCUGCUCGAGCGCGUGCACAAGCUGUUUAGCGUUCCCGUGGGCCGGCUGUACGAGACGCUGGGCGACCUGAAGCUGGAGGAGCGCGAGUUCACGCAGGCCCUCGCCUACUACCGGCUCACCAAGAAGCCGCACAUGGCCGUGGUGCACAAGUUCGCGGCGUACGGCUACUCGAGCCAGCUGCUGCACUACGCCACCAUCCUGCUGGGCGGUGUGAGCGAGGGCCUGCUGCUGGCCGACCGGCGCCAGCUCUCCAACCUGGCUCUGCUUGCCCACGUCGAGAUGACGCUGCGCUCCGGCGCGCCCAACGACGCCGACGCGCUCGAGAAGUUUCUGCACGUCAAUCGGCACUACGACGCCGGCCUGGCGCUGCAGUACACGCUGCUGGCGCGCCAGUGGGACUGCGUGCGCUUCCUGCUGGCCGAGCGGCACCAGCACCAGCGGCUGCUGGCCUGCCUGACGGCGUCCGAGCCGGCUGCGCCGCCGCCCGGCGAUGACCCGCUCAUGCACGAGGCGGUGCACGACCCUGGCCUGCGUGCUGUGCUAAUGGCGCGACCGCGGCUGGCCGGGCUCUACGUGCUGCGGCUGUGCGAGCGCGUGCCGCGGCUGCCGGUGGCGGCGCUGCGACGGCUGGCGCGCCUCACGGACCCGCUCAGCGCCGAGCUGCGUCCCGUCACGCACGCGCUGCUCGGCCAGCGGCCGUCUGGCCGCUCGCUCUCCGUCAGUCAGCCGACGGACGGUGAGCCUGAGGGAGGCGGCGGCGGCCAAGAGCUGCAUCCGUUGCAGCCUGACGACCUAGUGGACCUGCACCUGCACGUGCUGCUGCACCUGGUGCGAGCCGCCCAGCUCGGCCUGGGCGCGGCCGGCGCAUGCCCGCACCCGUGCCUGGUUGAGGCGUUGGCGUACCGGCGCGUCGUGCGCCUCGCCGCCGGCCAGUACCACUCGCUGGCGCUCACCGACGACGGCCGCCUGUUCGCCUGGGGGUGGAACGUGUUCGGCCAGUGCGGCCGGUCCGGCGUGGCCGACGUGCUGUCGCCGCGGCCGGUGCGCGGCCUGGCCGGCGUGCGCGUCAGCGCCGUGGCCGCUGGCUACGCCCACUCGGCCGCGCUCACCGACGACGGGCGCGUGCUGGUGUUCGGCUGCAACGCCUACGGCCAGCUGGGCGACGGCACGACGCGAAAGCGAGCGGAGCCGGCAGCCGUGGAGCUGCCCGAGCCGGCCGUACACCUCGCCUGCGGCUUCUUUUGUUGCGUGGCGGUGCUGCGCUCGGGCCGCGUGCUCCGUUGGGGCCUGGACCCGCAGAGCGUGAGGCUCGGCGCUCAGACGCUCAAGAAGAGCGCCGCCGCGCAGGCGCCCUCGGCGCCGGUCGAGCCGACGCUGGCGACGCAGGCGGGCACCUUCACGCCGGAGACGCGCGACCACCUGCGGCCGGCCGAUGUCGACACGUCGGACGUCGAGGGGCGCGUUGUGAGCGCGGCCGGCGGUGCGCAGCACACGAUCUACCUGACAGCCGACGGCCGGCUGUACGCCCAGGGCCGUAACCUGGACGGCCAGCUGGGCGUGGGCGGCCGGCAGGAGGCGGCACGUCUCUCGGAGGUGAGCGUGCCCGGCGGCCGGGCGGCCGUGGCCGUGGCGUGCGGCGCCGACUUCUCGCUCGUGCUCACCGAGGACGGCGUCGUGCUCGGCUGCGGCAGCAACAGCUACGGCCAGCUGGGCCGACUGCCGGCCGCCGACAAGCUAGACGACGCCAAGCUGGUGCUCCUGAAGAACCGGCGCCUGCUGCGCCUGCCGCAGGGCCAGAACUCGUCGGACACGCUGCAAGAGGUGGUGGCGGCCGGCGGCCGGCCGGCGCCGCUCGAGGUGGCCUUCAGCGUCACCGAGCGGCACGAGUGCGCGCUCAGCCGGCCGGCCGAGUUCGCCGGCGACGCCGAACGCCUGCAUGCCGUCAUCGGCCUCUUCCAGGGCUGCUACGACUCGGCGCAGCUGCUGGCCAAGUGCCUCGACAUGGGCUGCCUGUACGCGGCGGCGCGCGUUUGCUGCGUGGCCGGCAAACACGCCAAGGCGCUCGAGCACCACCUGCAAGCGGUGCGUGCCGAGGCGGCCACCGACAGCCGCAACGGCGAUGGCGAGGCGCUGGUGGCGGCCGUCACCGGCGUCGUGGCCGACUAUCUGGCGCUGCCGGCCGACGGCUCGGUGGCCGGCGGCCUGCUGCUGCGCCGCCUCCUGCUGCAACUGGUCACCUUCUGGCUGGACUGCGGCCUGGACGUGGCGCGGCUGGAGCGGCUGCUGGAGCCGCGGCUGGAGCGGCUGGCCCACCCGCUGGCCGUUUUGCUGUUCGGCGGCAGCGCCGACAUGCAGCUGUCGGACGGUCGCAUCGCCGCGCUCUUCGGUCAGCUGUCGGCCGGCUUCUGCGUGCGGCUGUGCGCGCUCGUGUGCCAGCAGAUCGGCGCCGGUCGCAUCUGCCGGGAGCUGCUGCCCGUGCUCGGCGAGCUGACGCUGCCAGCCGGCCGGCCGGCAACCGGCGCUGGUGGCCUUCACCUGCGGCCAUAG